UAGGAUGAGACCUUUUCAGCCCACAGCUAUUGACCCUCCGCUCGACUAUAUUGAUGAGGCGAUGCCAUACGCGCGGAUGGACGAGAGGAGGCAUUAUCCGAGAUGUGGAUACGCACAACAGUAUUCUCCCGUACAGGGAUAAGCUAGAUCGUAUGACGUCAGACACGGAAAGUUUUUUUGAUUUUACAUUAGUAUGCUAUUUUUUUAUUUUUUUUUACUAUUGCAGUCUUUUAUUGUUAACUAAUUCAAUUAUUUUUACAGGCUUUUAUAUGGACACCGAAUGAUCAGAUUUUGGAUCAGUUGCCGGCAUUUUGUAGGGUUGGUGAGCUCUCGUGGAGGUUGCGGUGUCCAUUGAUACAUAUGGACAUAGUUGAGGAUCACGCGACCAGCCGCGUCUUACGACAGUUCGGCCAUGUACAAGAUUUACCUGAGUAGGCUACUUGGGAGCACGACCAUUAUACGCGGGACGAGCGUACAGCCGUCACUGAUGCAUGACGGGCCUUUAUGCAGCUCCAGGUCCACCGUUGGGAUCAGAGGGUAGGGACGCUAGCGGUGGUCGGACAUGCGACUCCGGUCCAGACGUACAUGCAGUGGUACACGCGGAUCACUCGCAGCUUGAUUGGCAACCCCGCCAGGCCUGGUGCAGAUGGCCGAGGAUAUGCAGCUUUCGCAGGACAGUAUGAGGCGUUGCUACGGACCGUAUAGAGGAUUCGCGGGGAGAGCUUGGACCAUAUGGAUGCCCCUGAGACAGCAGGAUAUGCAGCACGGAUGGUUCAGCUAGCCGAGGGUGGUAUGCAGCAGGCGCAGGAGCUCGGACGUGUCGACGAGCCUAUUCCAGAGGUCCCGCAUCAGGCAGCGGGUGGUCGUGGUCGUGCCAGAGGGGCUGGUGGCCGAGAGGGUAGGGGCAGAGGGGCUGGUGGCCGAGGUGGUAGGGCCAGAGAGGCUGGUCACAGAGGGGGUGGGGCCAGAGGGGGUCGUGGUCUAGUAGAUGAGCCUGACGACCAUACACCAGUUCCAGCUCCAGCCCAGCAGCCUCCGUCGACUUCAGAGAUCCCGUCGACUUCUUACCGGCCGUCGAAUUCUCACCGGCCGUCGACUUCAGAGCAUCCGUUGACACCUGUAUAUAUGCUGGAUUUAUUUUCAGAUCACAUGUUCUGGCUAUCGCCUGCACGACCGCUAGUUCGUCAUCCACAGGGUGAGCGGCCGGCUCGUGAUCUACAGGGUGGCACGGUGCUGGACUUCGAUUUCUUAUUCGAGGAGUUCGACAUGUCUCCGACUCGGGGCCCGCUCAGGCGACUGCUGAGGAGCCAUCUCAGGAGCCCGUUGACACACAGGUUUGAUUUGUUACAAUUAAAUAAUGUAUUAAAUUAAUUUUUUAUAUGUUAUUUUAUGUUUAGUUUAGCAUAAAACUAAACUAUAUUGUUUAUAUGUUACUUCAGGUUCGUUCUUCUGCGCCUGUGGAUCCAUCUCCUGCUCCGGCACCAUCUACAUCUCCGGCUCCAAGGCCCACUCAGGAGUCCGCUGAGGAGCCAGCUCAUGAGCCCUCUAAGGAGCCCUCUAGGCAGCCAUCUCAGGAGCCCGUCGACACACAGGUUUGAUUUUUUACAAUAAAAUAAUGUAUUUAUUAAUUGUUUAUAUGUUAUUCCAUGUUUAGUUUAGCAUAAAUCUAAACUAAAUUGUUUAUAUGUUAUUUCAGGUUCAUUCUUAUGCGCAUGGGGACUUGUCUCCUGUUGAGAUUGAGCCAUCUCCUGAGGCUCACAUUUCGGCUACCGUCGUCUCCCAUAGGAAGCAUGUUUUGAACAAGCCCCCUAGGAAGGAAACGCAGGAUGAUCACGC